AUGGGAUCCCUCUCCAUCCCCAACUUCGACGACCCGGGCACCGCAGUGCUGCCGCCCAGCAAACUCGCGCACAUGGUCCUGCGCACCGGCGACUUGGAAAAAAUGGUCUCCUUCUACACAACCUUCCUCGGCGGGCACGUCACGCACGGUAACGAUUUUUUGUCCUUCAUCACGUACGACGAUGAGCACCACCGUAUCGCGCUGAUCCGUGUGUCCGGCACGUCUCCCAAGGUGCCCACCAGCUGCGGCCUCGAACACGUCGCUUUCACUUUCCCGACCGUCGCCGCGCUGUUGCUGGCGUACCGACAACGUAAAGCGCACGGGAUUCCGCCUCUGUGGUGCGUCAACCACGGUCCGACGACCUCGAUUUACUACAAGGAUCCGGAUGGAAAUAUGAUCGAGACGCAGGUAGAUAAUUUUGAAACGGUCGAGGAGGCGAAUGCGUUUAUGACGGGCCGGGAGUUUGCGGAGAAUCCCAUCGGGACGGAUUUCGAUGCAGAGGAGUGGAUUGAGAGGUUGAAGAACGGGGAGAGUGAAGAGGUGCUGAAGAAGAGGGUGGAGAUUGGGGCGAGGGCGUUGCCGGAGGAUUUGUUUUGA